AUGCGGUCCCUCCUGAUCCCGCUACCGAGACAGCACGCUUUGGCCGCACCCGAGACGGAAAGUGAGAUCCGCAUUCAAAGCAUCGUGAUCCUUACUGUAUCUAUCCUGUCUAUUCUGGGAGGGGGAUGGAUUAUACUCAGCUUCGCUUGCUUCAAGUCGAUGCGGUCUUUCAGGCACUACCUCAUCCUUGGCCUUGCAAUCAGCGACUGCGCCAUGGCGCUUAACUUCCUCCUUUCGUCCUCGAUGAACGUGAGCGGUCGUCUCAUCAGGCACCCAGACCAAGCUGGCUUCUGCAGCUUUAACGGCUUCAUGACGCAGGUCUUCGUCGUUCAGACAGAUUACUGGGUCUUGACGAUCGCCCUCUGCACAUACUUCAUCCUCGCCGACUUCAGGAGACUGUCCUGCUAUGUCCAGAAUCAGCGUUGGCUCUUGAUGGCGCUUCCGUGGGUCUUCUCGAUUGUGUGGGCAUCCCUCGGCUUGGUGCUCGCUGGCUACGGAGACAUCGGCGCGUGGUGCUGGUUCACGUCCGAUAAAGUCCGUCUCCUGGUCAACUUUGUGCCCCGUUGGGUCGUUAUCGGUGCCAUGCUGGGCAUGUAUUCGCAUCUGGCCUUCAUUCUAUGCCGCGCACACGGCCGGUUUCAGUUCCCGCCCGAGUACUCGUCGGAAGAUCCGACAUCCUCUGGCUCAAGGACUCUAUAUGCUGCGAUGCAACCUGGGCCAAGGUCGGGAGUUAUGAACAAUACCAGCUCAAACGGCGCGGGACGACAACGGAAACACCAGAAAACCAACUUAAAGUUGAAGAUGCUCGCUCGUCUGAUGCUCAUGUACCCAAUCGUAUACAUGCUGAUCUGGAUACUGCCCACCGCUGUCCGCAUAUAUCAGUCUUCCAAGGGCGUACCGGCGCCGUUUGCGUUGCAGACAGUGGAUAAGGCAUGCAUCGUUCUUCAAGGCUUCGUUGACGCCAUAGUAUAUGGCGUGAACGAGUCCUCGCUAUCCAACUGGCGCAAUCUGCUCUUUCCCAGGCCAUUCCCCGUCACGGACGGUAUCAGCCUAACCCACGUUAGGAAGCCGAUUCCUCCCCGCUUCCCGUCCUCCAGGGUAAGCGAUUGUGAGGCUGUUAUCGGUGAUCCGGCUAACAGUCUCUGCACAACUGUCCCGGAGACAACAACCAAAUGGUCUGAAGCCAACGAGUCAUCGGAGGGUUUAGCAUGA